AUGUCCGAUCCAGAAGUCACAUCUCCUUUUGGAGACAGCAACUUCAGUGGCGAGCAGGAAACAGCACCUGGGCAAGAUGUAGACUCCGAUACCCCCCACCUUGAGGAGCAAGGGACGGGCAAUGGCACUGAGCUGCACCAUGUCGACCAUCGCCGAGACCUGCUGGAGAAGGAAGCAAAUGCUUCCGAGGUGAGCUCAAUUGAUGCAAGUUUGGUAGACUCGCUGCCACGGCGAGCUGGUAGUCCUGUCGACUCUGUAACCUCCGGUCGGGGAGAUUCCAUCCAGGGCUCGUAUAUGUCGUCACCAGGCAGCAGUGUUCUACCUCCAGUAGCUUCAAGAGCCGGCCUAAGUAGCCCAUCACCAUCAUUCAGACCAUUCGACCGUCGAUUUCAAUCCCGCAUAUCCUCGUCCUCGUCCAACACACCACGCCCAUUGUCGCCUGCCUUCCUAUCACCGCACAGUCGAAACGCCUCUCUUGGCUCCAAUUUUUUCCUGGACCAAAAUGAAACCGAUACGCCGUCACCACCGUGGGAAGCUGUACGAUGGACAAGAUUGCGGAAAAUGAAUGCCCAAGCAUUCUCAGAGGCUGGUCGUCGAAACUUUGGAUCUCCCACCACACUGGCCGUGUCCGCGUCCAUAGUUUUGGGCACUUCGAAGGGGCCAGGAACCAAAGCCGUCGAGUCUGGGGCAAUCACGGCUAUCGCUAUAUCAGCGGAUCACACUACCGUUGCUGGAGGGCAUGCCAAUGGAAAUAUCUUUACCUGGGAUACCAGCCGAGCAUCACGGCCUUUUCUCACCAUCCCGCACUUGGACGAGACGCAAGCGGAAAACAGGACAACUGACGGACACGUCCCCAAUGCAGCCGUGGUACACCUUGGCUUCCUUGGUACGCGGCACACAGCUCUCGUGUCAGCGGAUGACCGUGGAAUGGCCUUCUCGCAUCUCGCAACCCGAGGCACCGGGGCGCUCGGCCGAACAGUGAAAACUACCCGGAUCUUGGGCCGCUAUCCAAAUGCCCCGGCACCUGCUGGGAAAUCGAUUAAGCCGAGCACCGUGCUCGGUUUUGCUCCCUUGCCCCUUGGAAACGUUGAGCAAGCGACGGAUAACAUGGGACUUACCGCUAUACUUACGCCAUACCUUCUCGUGGUCGUUUCGACUACCCCUGUUGCCCAGACGCAACACAAGUCAGCUCGACCAAAGGAUGUUCUAGCACAUAGCGCCAUGACCGGCUGCCUUGCCUGGUUCCCUGCUGUCAAGCUGAAAAGUCCCGAUACCCACACUGGGAGCGAUAUUUCCAGAGUAAAACUUGUCUACUGUUGGUCAAACGUAUUAACUGUUCUUGAUGUUGAGGAGAUAUACGGAGAGGAUGCAGAUCAGCCUCCUUCUCUAAAGUUCAAGGCGCGAAGCAGAUGGAAGUGUGAAGAGGCUAUCGCCGCGGUGCAGUGGCUAGGUCGAUCUGUUUUGGCUGUGCUGACCAUCUCGCAACGUCUUAUCAUACUGGAGGACAGGAGCAUGCGCAUGACCGAGGCGUUUGACUUGUUACAGAAACACAUAUAUCACAAAGAUCUUUUUUCGAAACAACUUCACACUCUCGUUGAACAGCUGGAUGAGGAGGACACAACUAUGCAUGGAGUGGUGGCUGAUGCCUUUUAUAUGAGCUUCAAAGCCUACAAGGGGAGGAUGUUUGUACUUGGCUUCAACGAAGUUUCUAUAGGAGCACUGUCGAACUGGGCCGAUCGUCUCAUUGCCAUGAUGGAGAAUGGAGACUACAUCGGUGCCAUCAAGCUGGCGACUUCUUAUUAUACUGGUGACGCCGAUAAACUUACGGUUGGCCUUCCAGAGGACGCAGCACUACGGCAUGUGAUGGUCCAAGACAAGAUAAUGGAGAUAAUGUCAGCUUCCCUGAAAUACGUCUUCACCCGACGGCAGAAACGGGGUAAGCAAGAUGACGACGCAGAUCAUUUGAGAGAGCUGGCAGAGACUUGUUUCGCAGCAUCUCAAGCUAUUGAAGCUUCGGAUUUCUUAUUUGAAGACAUGUACGAAUGGUACAGCGACGGGGAUGUUGGUGGAAUCUUCCUGGAGACACUUGAACCCUACAUCUUGGAGGGAACAAUCACGGUCGUUCCGCCAGCGGUUGUUAAAGAUAUGGUCAGUCAUUACGUUACGAAGGGGUGGGAAGGUCGACUCGAAGAAAUGAUAUGUCAUAUGCAAACGGCAACUUUGGACCUUGAUCAGAUCACAGUGUUGUGUAAGCAGCACGGUCUGUACGAUGCCUUAACUUACGUUUGGAACCAAGCGCUCAAUGAUUACAUCACGCCAAUGGUCGACCUAUUGGGCCUCCUAGUGCCACUAGUAACGAAUGGAACAAACAACGGUAUAGCCGAAGACGAUUAUUUCAGCGUCAAUGCUCUGAAAAUAUUUCCAUAUCUCUCAUAUACACUCACAGGUAGGGUGUAUCCUAUUGGGGAAUUGAUGGAUGAAGAAACGGCGGACAAAGCAAAGGCAGAAAUUUAUUGGUUUUUCUUUUCUGGCACGACAAUAGAGUGGCCCAGGGGAAGUGGGAAAGAAUUCGUCACACGGCCUGGUGACGAGUCGGAGCCUGCUUUCCCUUACCUGAGAAUGAUUCUCAAAUUUGACGCCCCAAGCUUUCUCAGCGCCCUCAAUGAAGCUUUUGAGGACUCCUUCUUGAAUAAUUCUCCAGAGAAUCAAGUUAAUGGAGGAUCACGCAUGGAUAUGCCCGAGGAGCAGAUUUUCGGCACUACAAUCAAUCGUCAGUACGUGGUGUCGAUUCUGCUCGAUGUGAUGAACCCAGAUGAGUUCGCCCCGGAAGAUACCAUCUAUCUCGACAUGUUCAUCGCUCGAAAUCUGCCCAAAUUUCAACAAUAUCUACUGUUUUCUGGCUCUACCCUUUCAAAAGUCCUCACAGGGCUUUGUGCUUAUCCCGGCGACGAUCUUGCAGAGGAUGCACAGCUGAGCGCCGAAUAUUUGCUUUCUGUUUAUCAACCGUCAGAUAUGCCAUCGUUCAUGCUUCUGUUCAAGAAGGCCGGCUUCUACCGAAUUCUCAAGCGCGUGUUUCGUAUGGAGAAACAGUAUGGGAAGCUCAUUGCCACCUACUUCGAGGACCACGAUGACCGAGAGUCUGUAUUUGAAUGCAUCGCAGAAUGCCUUCGCCCGCAGAAGGGACUUGACAUUCGACAGGCAGAGGAAGUACAGCACGUUAUCGAACAGCACGCAAGAGACCUGCUUGAAAUCAGUCCCGAGCAAACCGCCCAGACGCUUGCGCGACAACCAACCGCGGUCCACAGACAUAUAAUUGACUCUGUCACAGACGAUGCAGCAUUGCAACAUGCAUAUUUAAGAGCCCUUAUAGAGCCAAGCAAAUCAGGCGAUGACGAAGGCGACAUCAAGGACCAGGAGCUAACCGAGUGCUAUGUACAGCUCAUGUGUAAAUUCAACCCAUCGCAUGUUUCUGAUUUUGUUGAAGCUAUGCGCCCAACCGAUUUGCGUCUCGAUAAACUUCUUCCAACCAUGGAGGAAAACGGUGUUGUUGACGCAGCAGUCGUUCUAAUGGCUCGCGAUGGCCAAGUUAAUCAGGCGAUGGACCGGCUGAUCAAGCACUUAUUCACGUUAGAAUCAGCACUACAGGGCCUUUUGACCGCAUCUAAUGACUCUGCGGAUGAUGUAGAUGCUGACUCGUCAACAGUGGAAAUACUUGAAAGCUUGCAAAAGUAUGUCCAUGUUGGUAUUUGGCUCUGCCAGGGCCAGACAAAGACAUCGAAGAACGUGAAUGUCGUCAAAAACGGAAAGCCACUUGCGCAAGAUGGCUUAUCUGAAGAUGAAGCAUUGUGGCUUGGCUUGAUUGACGCGUGUGUAAAGACCACGAAACGACUGUCCCCGAUUAUUCUCGAACAGGUUCAGAGCUCAGUUUUGAAGGAUGAGAAGGCGUUGACGCUUCUUCGUUCGCUGGUUCAACACACGUUCACGUCACUGCUCACAGCGACUUCUAGUCCAAUCCGCGUUCAAACCGGGUCGAAUUUGCUGUCGAAUGCAGGCAAUAAUCUCUCUUUUUUAAAAAUACUGAGGGCGUUCCUUGCUAAUGCUGCAGCAUCAUCACCAAACCUAGCGGAUCUUCGAAGUGUGUUGUCAUCAAUCUUUGCAGCGUAUGCAUAUGAAGAGUCAAUCUUACGGCUGUCAAACCGGCUCCUGGAGCGAAAUCUGUUUGUAAACGUGAACCAGUCGGUACAGCUGAGACAGCGCGGGUGGCGACCUCGAGGUUCAACAUGCGAAGCUUGCGGUCGCCGUGUCUGGGGUCCUGGGGUUGCCGGUGGCUCUGUUUUCGAGGCUUGGGAGGACAAGCAGGCAGUGGAAGAUGAAAUACGAAAGCAGAGAAAGAUACGUAUUGCAGAGAAGGCUAAAGGCAAAGUGGGCGAGUCGGAUGGCAAGGACAAGGGAAAGAGUCUGGCUGUGCGGCCAUCCAGCAUGCUCAUCGAGUCGGACACUGCGGUGGCAGGCAAAGAGGCUCCUCUUGGAAGGCUUGUUGUUCUCGCCUGCCGGCACAUCUAUCACCAGAGCUGUCUGGAAUCAUUGCAGGAGAAGCAGGAGAAUGGAGCUGGUGGACGGGAGCGCGAGUACAAGUGUCCCAUUGACGGGUGA